AUGGAUACAGGUGGAUACCAGGUGGAUACCAGGUGGAUAAAGGUGGAUACCAGGUGGAUACCAGGUGGAUACCAGGCGGAUACAGGUGGAUACCAGGUGGAUACAGGUGGAUACCAGAUGAAUACCAGGUGGAUACCAGGUGGAUACCAGGCGGAUACAGGUGGAUACCAGGUGGAUACAGGCGAAUACAGGUGGAUACCAGGUGGUUACAGGUGGAAACAGGUGGAUACAAGGUGGAUACAGGUGGAUACCAGGUGGAUACAGGUGGAUACCAGGUGGAUACCAGGUGGAUACCAGGUGGCUACAGGUGGAUACCAGGUGGAUACAGGUGGAUACCAGGUGGAUAAAGGUGGAUACCAGGUGGAUACAGGUGGAUACCAGGUGGAUACAGGUGGAUACCAGAUGAAUACCAGGUGGAUACCAGGCGGAUACAGGUGGAUACCAGGUGGAUACAGGCGAAUACAGGUGGAUACCAGGUGGAUACAGGUGGAAACAGGUGGAUACAAGGUGGAUACAGGUGGAUACCAGGUGGAUAAAGGUGGAUACCAGGUGGAUACAGGUGGAUACCAGGUGGAUACAGGUGGAUACAGGUGGAUCCAGGUGGAUACAGGUGGAUACCAGGUGGAUACAGGUGGAUACCAGGUGGAUAAAGGUGGAUACCAGGUGGAUAAAGGUGGAUACCAGGUGGAUACAGGUGGAUACCAGGUGGAUACCAGUUCCUUCGGUGGUUCCUUUGAUGGUUCCUUUGAUGAUUCCUUCGAUAGUUCCUUCGAUAGUUCCUUCAGUGGUUCCUUUGAUGGUUCCUUUGAUGGUUCCUUUGAUGGUUCCUUCGGUGGUUCCUUUGGUGGUUCCUUUGGUGGUUCCUUUGGUGGUUCCUUUGAUGAUUCCUUCGAUAGUUCCUUCGAUAGUUCCUUCAGUGGUUCCUUCGGUGGUUCCUUAGGUGGUUCCUUUGAUGGUUCCUUCGGUGGUUCCUUUGGUGGUUCCUUUGGUGGUUCCUUUGAUGGUUCCUUCGGUGGUUCCUUAGGUGGUUCCUUUGAUGGUUCCUUCGGUGGUUCCUUUGAUGGUUCCUUCGGUGGUUCCUUAGGUGGUUCCUUUGAUGGUUCCUUUGAUGGUUCCUUUGGUGGUUCCUUCGGUGGUUCCUUCGGUGGUUCCUUUGGUGGUUUCUUCGAUGGUUCCUUUGAUGGUUCCUUUGAUGGUUCCUUCGAUGGUUCCUUUGAAGGUUCCUUUGAUGGUUCCUUUGAUGGUUCCUUCGGUGGUUUCUUUAAUGGUUCCUUUGAUGGUUCCUUCGGUGGUUCCUUUGAAGGUUCCUUUGAUGGUUCCUUCGAUAGUUCCUUUGAUGGUUCCUUCGAAGGAACCUUCAAUGAUUCCUUCGAAGGAACCUUCGAUGAUUCCUUUGAUGGUUCCUUCGUUGGUUCCUUUGAUGGUUCCUUCGAUGGUUCCUUAGGUGGUUCCUUUGAUGGUUCCUUUGAUGGUUCCUUCGAAGGAACCUUCGAUGAUUCCUUCGAAGGAACCUUCGAUGAUUCCUUUGAUGGUUCCUUCGUUGGUUCCUUUGAUGGUUCCUUCGGUGGUUCCUUUGAUGGUUCCUUCGUUGGUUCCUUUGAUGGUUCCUUCGGUGGUUCCUUUGAUGGUUCCUUUGAUGGUUCCUUAGGUGGUUCCUUUGAUGGUUCCUUUGAUGGUGCCUUAGGUGGUUCCUUUGAUGGUUCCUUUGAUGAUUCCUUCGAUAGUUCCUUCGAUAGUUCCUUCAGUGGUUCCUUUGAUGGUUCCUUUGAUGGUUCCUUUGAUGGUUCCUUCGGUGGUUCCUUUGGUGGUUCCUUUGGUGGUUCCUUUGAUGGUUCCUUCGGUGGUUCCUUAGGUGGUUCCUUUGAUGGUUCCUUCGGUGGUUCCUUUGGUGGUUCCUUUGGUGGUUCCUUUGAUGGUUCCUUCGGUGGUUCCUUUGAUGGUUCCUUCGGUGGUUCCUUAGGUGGUUCCUUUGAUGGUUCCUUCGGUGGUUCCUUUGAUGGUUCCUUCGGUGGUUCCUUAGGUGGUUCCUUUGAUGGUUCCUUUGAUGGUUCCUUUGGUGGUUCCUUCGGUGGUUCCUUCGGUGGUUCCUUUGGUGGUUUCUUCGAUGGUUCCUUUGAUGGUUCCUUUGAUGGUUCCUUCGAUGGUUCCUUUGAAGGUUCCUUUGAUGGUUCCUUUGAUGGUUCCUUCGGUGGUUUCUUUAAUGGUUCCUUUGAUGGUUCCUUCGGUGGUUCCUUUGAAGGUUCCUUUGAUGGUUCCUUCGAUAGUUCCUUUGAUGGUUCCUUCGAAGGAACCUUCGAUGAUUCCUUCGAAGGAACCUUCGAUGAUUCCUUUGAUGGUUCCUUCGUUGGUUCCUUUGAUGGUUCCUUCGAUGGUUCCUUAGGUGGUUCCUUUGAUGGUUCCUUUGAUGGUUCCUUCGAAGGAACCUUCGAUGAUUCCUUCGAAGGAACCUUCGAUGAUUCCUUUGAUGGUUCCUUCGUUGGUUCCUUAGGUGGUUCCUUUGAUGGUUCCUUUGAUGGUUCCUUUGGUGGUUCCUUCGGUGGUUCCUUCGGUGGUUCCUUUGGUGGUUUCUUCGAUGGUUCCUUUGAUGGUUCCUUCGAUGGUUCCUUUGAAGGUUCCUUUGAUGGUUCCUUUGAUGGUUCCUUCGGUGGUUUCUUUAAUGGUUCCUUUGAUGGUUCCUUCGGUGGUUCCUUUGAAGGUUCCUUUGAUGGUUCCUUCGAUAGUUCCUUUGAUGGUUCCUUCGAAGGAACCUUCGAUGAUUCCUUCGAAGGAACCUUCGAUGAUUCCUUUGAUGGUUCCUUCGAACCUUCGAUGAUUCCUUCGAAGGAACCUUCGAUGAUUCCUUUGAUGGUUCCUUCGUUGGUUCCUUUGAUGGUUCCUUCGGUGGUUCCUUUGAUGGUUCCUUCGUUGGUUCCUUCGGUGGUUCCUUCGAUGGUUCCUUUGAUGGUUCCUUAG